GGAUCUCGCAGGUGAUUGACUGAUUCUGUUUCCUGAACAUAACAGUAGCAGGAAAACGCAGAAGCUGUCAUCACAGUUUUGGGACAGCCAAAGUUACAUUUCGGUGAGAUAUUGUACGCGUUUACUCAAAUUAAACGAUGGCGCAGUGGGGCCAGCUCCAGAUGUUGGACUGUAAGUACCUGGAGCAGGUGGACCAGCUGUACGACGACUCCUUCCCCAUGGACAUCCGACAGUACCUGAGCAGGUGGAUCGAGAGCAUCGACUGGGACACGGUGGCGGAUCAGGACUCUUUGGCCACCGUGCGUUUCCACGACCUCCUCGCUCAGCUGGACGACCAACACGGCCGCUUCGCUUUAGAAAACAACUUCCUGUUGCAGCACAACAUCCGCAAGAUCAAGAGGAACCUGCAGGAUCGCUUCCAGGAAGACCCCAUCCACAUGGCCGUGAUCAUCUCCAAAAACCUGAAGGAGGAGAAGAAGAUCCUGGACGGGGCGAAGAACAGACAGCAGGACGGCGAGGGGACGAUGUCGGCCAUGGUGGUGGAGAAACAGAAGCUGGACAACAAAGUGGAGCAGAUGAAAGAAAUAGUUCAGGUGGCGGAUCAGAACAUCAAGAAGCUGGAAGAUCAGCAGGACGAGUACGACUUCAUCAUCGACACCCUGAAGAACAGAGAGAAUGAAAUAAAUGGCAUGACACCGAAGGAGCUGGAGAAAGAGAAGAUGAGGGUCCAAGGGAUGUGCCUCGAACUGAAGGCCAAGCGACUGAACGUGGUGUCCCAGCUGACGGAGCUCCUGAACGUCACGCAGGCCUUGCUGUCGGACCUGAUCUCCGAGGAGCUGCCGGAGUGGAAGCAGCGGCAGCAGAUCGCCUGCAUCGGAGGCCCGCCCAACGCCUGCGUGGACCAGCUGCAGAACUGGUUCACAGCAGUAGCAGAGAGUCUUCAGCAGGUCCGUCAGCACCUGAAGAAGCUGCAGGAGUUGGAGCAGAAGUUGACGUACGAGAGCGACCCCAUCACGCAGAAGAAAGCGUACCUGGAGGCCCGAGCCCUGGACCUCCUCAAGAACCUGCUCUCCAACUCUCUGGUUGUAGAGAGGCAGCCCUGCAUGCCCACCCACCCACAGAGACCCUUGGUGCUGAAAACAGGCGUCCAGUUCACAGUGAAGCUACGGUUCCUGGUGAAGCUGCAGGAGUUUAACUACCAGCUCAAAGUCAAGGCGAUGUUUGACAAAGAUGUUACAGAGAAGAAAGGGUUUCGGAAGUUCAAUAUUUUGGGAACGAACACCAAGGUGAUGAACAUGGAGGAGUCGAAUGGCAGCCUGGCAGCGGAGUUCAGACAUCUGCAACUGAAAGAGCAGAAAGUUGCCGGCAACCGAACGAACGAGGGUCCCCUGAUCGUCACAGAGGAGCUUCACUCGCUCAGCUUCGAGUCCGAGCUGCAGCUCAACCAGUCGGGACUCAACAUCAAACUCGAGGCGAUGUCUCUGCCUGUUGUGGUCAUCUCUAACGUCUGUCAGCUGCCUGCUGGCUGGGCCUCCAUCCUCUGGUACAACAUGCUGACCACUGAGCCCAAGAAUCUGAAGUUCUUCCUCACCCCUCCUGCGGCGAAGUGGUCUCAGCUGUCGGAGGUCCUGAGCUGGCAGUUCUCCUCCGUCACGCAGCGAGGCCUGAACCAGGAGCAGCUCAACAUGCUGGCCGACAAGCUGCUCGGAUCUAAAACCCAGAGGAACCCAGACGGACAAAUCCCCUGGGGCAAAUUCUGCAAGCAGCAGAGUGCCAAUGAGAAGGCUUUUCCCUUCUGGCUGUGGAUCGAGGGGAUCCUGGAUCUGAUUAAAAGACACCUGCUCAGUCUCUGGAACGACGGCUGCAUCCUGGGCUUCAUCUGUAAAGAGCGGGAGAAAGCUCUGCUGACUGAUAAAUGUCCCGGGACCUUCCUGCUGCGCUUCAGUGAGAGCAGCAAGGAGGGAGCCAUCACCUUCACCUGGAUCGAGCACGACGUCCACGACAAGCCGCUCUUCCACUCGGUGGAGCCGUACACGAAGAAGGAGCUGUCGGCCGUCUCUCUGUCCGAUAUCAUCCGAACGUACAAAGUAAUGGCCGCCGAGAACAUCCCGGAAAACCCGCUGCGCUUCCUCUACCCGAACAUCCCCAAAGACAAGGCCUUUGGGAAGUACUACCCCAAACCCACGGAGGCUGCAGAGCCCAUGGACGUAGAGAACUGUCCACCGAAGAGUGGCUACAUGAAGACGGAGCUCAUAUCUGUCUCAGAAGUACAUCCGUCCAAACUGCACGACAACAUGAUGCCGAUGUCUCCGGACGACUACAAGGCUUUAUCGCAGUACGUCAGUCCCCGAGACAUCGAUGCUGCGACCUACAAUCUGAUUGAUGGAUUUGAAGAGUUUGACGUUCAGAUGAGCGCAGACUUUCCAAACCAGAACUGAUGAGGGCGUCUUCACAAAAACACUCUAAGAGGUGUUGGAAAAACAUGGAGACAAGAGCCCCCUUUGGACGGGAUUAGGAUAAUUUAAAAUAUGGCCUAUGAUCAAGAAUUAACAUCUUCAGGUUUUAUCAUCCAAAUAAUCAGAUGACUGUUUAUAUAUCCAAUCAAGACAUUAUCUGUCACUUUAUUGUACAUACAUAUUUCUUAUUAUUGUGAAACUCCCUAUAGUAUCUGUUAAACAGUCAAAUGUACGAAUGUGAUGCCUUUAUUGUUCUGUGAGUGAAAACAUCUGUGGAGUUUUACUGUAGCACUUAACGCCGCUCAAUGUAUCUUGCUUUAACUAGGAAUUAGUUUUAAAUGUCUAUGUAGAUGGGGCUGAUAUUUCAUCAUUAAACCUGCCUGCGUGAAUACAAGAA